AUGCCUACCUGUUACUAUAAGUCCUACUACAACUGCGCCGACUAUUCCGACAAAAAAUCGGACCCACGUCUAUGCAAAUCCUGCAUCACCAAAGUCAGGCUGGACCGCAUCGAAGAAUACAUCAUCAAGGGGCUCCUCCUACCUCCUGACGAUCCAGACCCAGCGUUCGAAUGGGAAAUUCUCCCCAACAAUCGCGACAUCAUAAUAACCAAGAAUUGGAAAACGGGGGAAAUCGUAACCGCAGAACAAAUCCAAGCAGCCAAAGAAUGGGAGGACAGGAAUGAGAAACGCAGUGGAGAAAAAAAACAAAAGGUAUAUAGAAAAGAGAAAGAUGGAUGUUUGUUCUAUCCGGUAGAGGAUCAGGAGAUCAGGACUCAGAAUCUUCAUAAGGUUUGUAUGAAUUAUAAUGAGAAGAUGCCGGAGUCGUCGAUGGCUCAGGAUAUGAGGCUUGCUCGGUGGAUGAAACAAUGGAAUCCGAAGAAGUGA